AUGGUAGAGAUAGCAAUCACUGCAGCUCUGAUUAUUACUAACAAAGUUCUUCCCUACAUUAUUCAAGUAUUCAAAAAUCAUAAAAAUGUAGUAGACGGAGUUGAUAAAAUCCAUUUAUGGUUGCUUCGAAUACAAGCCUACUUAUGCGAUACGGAUGCAGAUGAAGCCAGUGAGCAGAUCAAACAAGAAGUUAGGAUCGCUCAAGACCUGGCGAAUCAAAUUGAAGACGUGUUGGAUGAAUUCAUGCUUCUCACUUACAAAGAAGAAAACUCAUCAAUAUCUAAAAUAUGGAAUACAGCCAAAGCCCGCAAUCCAUUUCAUCCACUCCAUCAAAUACCUUCUAAGAUAGCCAGCAUCACAAAUAGGAUGGAUGCUCUUAUAUCUUUCAAUCAAGCUCUUCUCCAUGUUGAUAUUAGUCGUGGGAGGGUAACAGGAGACCCAUGCUCUGUUUCUGGCACGCAGAGGUUCCACAAGGAAGAAGAAGUAGUUGUAGGUUUUGAAAGGUAUAAAGAAGACCUUAUCAGACAUUCCAUAGUUGGCCAACGGUUAGAAACUCUAGCCGUGGUUGGCCCUGGUGGUGCUGGAAAAACCCUUCUUGUGAAAGAAGUUUACAAGGAUAAAAGAGUUCAAAGACAUUUCGAUAUACUUGCUUGGAUUCAGGUAUCCGGUACUCAAAUUUUGUGCUCUAUUAUUACACAAUUUCUUGUUAAGAGGGAGGAAGUCUUACCCCCUGCAAACAUUACCGAAUUUGUUAACAAAAUCAAACAGCAGUACCGGAAAGAUAGGUGGUUUAUUGUUUUAGAUCAUUUUCGGGCUGUAUGCCACCAUGAGAUCAUUUUGAAUGCGUUAUUAUCUAGCGAUUCCCGGAAAAGUGGAAGUAGGAUCGUGAUGACUACUGAAAACACUAAUUUGGCGAAGCAGUUUGUGUGUUCUGAUAAAUAUAUUCACAGAUUGCGGGAAUUGGAAUGGGUUGAUGCAUGGAAACUGUUCUGCAAUAAAGCUUUUCGCGGUGGGAAAUGUCCGUUGGAGUUGGUUGAUUGGUCGGAAAUGAUUGUUACGAAAUGCGGAGGCCUACCGUUUGCAAUUGCACACGCGGGCAGUUUACUAUCAAAGAAAGAACAACGUCCAGUUGAAUGGAAGAAAGUUCACGACAGUCUUGGAUCUGAUUCCUCGCUUUCAAUUACGAGAAGAAUAUUGUUGCCAAGUUACAUGGAUUUGCCGCAUCAACUCAGGCCUUGCUUAAUGUAUUUCAGCACUUUUCCGGAGGAUUAUUCUAUCGAAAGGGAAAGGCUCGUCCGACUCUGGGUUGCCGAAGGAUAUGUUGAGAAAACUCAUCAUAAUUCAGCAGAAGAGGAAGCUGGCAAUUGUCUGAAAGAACUCAUCGAGAGGAAUUUAGUUAAAGUGAGUAAAUAUGAUUUUGAUGGUCGAGUAAAAUUCUGUCGCGUAGAGAAUCUUGUUCAUGAUUUCUUAAGAUCCAGAUCCCGUGAAGAGAACUUCGCCUCUGUUAUUGGAGAAUCAACUUCAGUCAACAAUGUACUUCGACGCGUUUCUGUCCACCCUCAUGACGGCAUUCCCAUUCAAUGGGAACACUUUGAAGAUCAACUGAGUACUGUCCGUGCUGCAUUCUUGUUUGAUGCCCAGAAAAGAAUUUCCCAAUCUGAUUUAGGUAACAAAUUAAUCAGCAAAUUCAGAUUGCUGAAGAUCUUAGAUCUGCGAGAUGCUGCUCUAGACGAAUUUCCAAAAGAGAUUGUUGAGCUCUCGCUUCUACAAUACCUCUGUUUAAGGCGUACAAACAUAGAGAAGAUUCCCAAAUCCAUAAAAAAGCUAUAUUUCCUGGAAACGUUGGACCUGAAGCAAACCCGUGUUAAAUAUUUGCCAAAGGAGAUGGUAAAACUUGUCCAUCUCCGACAUCUUCUGGUUUAUCGCUACAAUGUGAACGGUUAUGUGUCAUUCGGUUCAGUUCAGGGAGUAGAGUUUAAUAAGGAUAUUCUUGGGUCCAUCUCUAACAGACUACAGAAGUUGUCAAUGGUGAAAGUUGACAAGGAUGGGAACACGGUCAAACAGCUGGGAGCUUUGCUUGAGCUAAGAAAGCUAGGGUUGUUAAAUGUUAGAGGAGAAGACGGAAAUUGUCUAUGCGAAUCUGUUCAGAAGAUGGUAAAUCUCUCAACCCUCGAUCUUAGUUCAACUACAGAAACAGAACAUCUCCGUCUGAAUAGUAUGCAAAAUCCUCCUCCUCAUCUUCAACGUCUAUAUCUGAAAGGGAAGUUAGAAAAGGUACCCAUUUGGAUUUCAAAACUAAGCGAUUUGUUGAGGAUACACCUGAAGUGGUCGGGCAUGAGCAGUGACCCGUUACAAAUAUUGGAGGAAUUGCCGAAUCUGAUGGAGCUCCAACUUGCUGAAGCUUAUACAGGGGAUAAGUUGAUUUUCAGAGCUGGAAAGUUCAAGAAGCUCAAGUUGUUGCAGAUUGAGAAACUGGAAAAUCUUAACACAGUGGUAAUGCAGAAGAGAGCAAUGCAGGAGCUUAAGAAACUAGUCAUGAUCAACUGUCGGAAUUUAAAAAUGCUUCCACUGGGAAUAAACUAUCUUGCUCAUCUUGAGCCGAUAGUUAUAUACAAUAUGCCUGAAGAAUUCAUGGCUUGCGUGAAGGAAAAUGGUGAAAGACAUGGCCGAAAACCAUGUUUUCGUUAUCUUUUAUGAAGAGGAGAAGCAGAGUAUACUGCAUAGAAUAG